AUGAUCGCCAACAACUUGACCCUCGUGCUUCGCCAAUACUGGCCUUUGACAGUUGUCGUUGCCAUAUCCUUUUACCUAGCUCAUCGUUAUUUCAAUCGAGGGUUGAACAGAUAUCCAGGACCAAUUCUGUGCGCUCUCACGGACUGGUACAGGUUUUUCAAAGCCUGGCAAAGAACGCCUGAACGAUGGCACAUCAACUUGCAUGAUAAACAUGGAGACGUUGUACGUCUUGGGCCAAAUUGCCUCUCUUUCAGCAACCCAAAGUCUAUCAAGGACAUAUAUGCCUUGGGUAAAGGAUUUACAAAGUCGGACUUUUAUCCUGUACAGAUGGCGACUUCAAAAGAAGGAAAGAGACUACCGACGUUGUUCAGCACCCAAUCAGAGGAAUAUCACUCGCAACUGAAGCGUAGUGUAAACAGCGCCUUUACCAUGUCCGCUCAAAUGCAAUAUGAGCCCGUUUUCGACUCUGUCAAUCAGAUCUUCCUCCAGCAGACACAGAAACGCUUUGCGGAUACCGGAAAGUAUUGUGACUUUUACCAAUGGCUCCAAUUCUAUACUUUUGACGUCAUUGGUGAUCUAGUUUACUCCCGACGCCACGGCUUCUUGGAGAGCAACCAUGACAUUGAAGGAAUUGUUAAGGGGAAUUCCGCGCUUUUUGACUACGCAGCAGUGGUCGGUCAAGUCCCGUUUCUGGACAAACUCUGGAAGAAGAACCCACUCAAACUCCUGGCCUCUAGGUACGGGCUAAUAGACUCCUCUUAUCCUGUCUCACGCUUUGCAAAAGCUCGUCUUGCCGAACGACAUCCUUCUGGGGAGGUCUUCUCUAAAGAAAAUCUUGCUUGGCAACGAGAAAAGACGGACAUGCCACAAGACUUCCUCUCCAAGUUCAUCCAGGCAAAACACGACAGACCAGAUUUCUUCAACGACCAGCUUGUGGUCACCAUGUGUGUUUCUAUGGCAUUCGCAGGUUCCGAACCAGCAGCUGUAUCCAUAAGUGGAGUCUUCGCCUCACUCAUGAGAAACCCCAGAUGCCUGAAGAAGGUUUAUGAGGAGCUUGAUCAAAAAGCGUUAGAUGGUCACUUCAAAGAUAACGAUACAGGCGCGCUUACAUGGGCGGAAAGCCAGGGUCUUCCGUACCUUGACGCCUGCAUCAAAGAGGCAUUCCGUCUCCACCCUGCUCCAGGGCUGCCAUUUGAAAGGGUUGUUCCGCCAGAAGGAGUCAAUAUCAACGGCGAAUUCAUCAAGGGCGGCACAAUUGUAGGAUGCAAUGCAUGGGUUAUCCAUCGUCGCCAAGAGAUUUUCGGUGCUGAUCUCGAAGAGUAUGUACCAGAGCGCUGGCUCGUGGACCCUUCUCAAAACAAAGAGUUGGAAAUUGCUAGGAUCAAAGAAAUGGACUACUGUAUCAUGAGCUUUGGCAAAGGGCCACGGGUCUGUCUCGGUAAACACAUUGGUAUGAUGGAAGUCUACAAACUCAUCCCAGCAGUUCUGCGAAGAUUUGAGAUAGAGUUAGAUGAAGGGUCACGCGAACCCCGUUUUCGCAAUGGCUGGUUUGUCAGACCAGUAGAAUUUAAAGUAAGAUUUAAGAAUCGGAAGCUUGUUAAGCCAGCAUAA